AUGCCUGGAGGAGUCUUUGGAAGGAAAAGAUYCUUUUCUAUUUUGACGUUUUCAAUGUUUUUACUUUUGCCAAACAUUUUGGCGCAUUUUGAAUUCAUGUUUGACCCGAAAGAUGAAGACUCAGYUUCAAARAACGGCGCUUCGCGAGGGGUUUACAAAAACGGAACAUUCAUKAUUGGUGGACUUUUCCCUGUUCAUUUUGAAUCUACAAACYUGACAAGUAACCAUUCUUUGCAGUGCUCAGGGAGGUUCAACUAUCGUGGGUUCGAGGAAGCAAAAGCAAUGAUGUACGCCAUUGAGAAGAUUAACAGCAACAAGGAACUUCUUCCUGGUAUCACGCUCGGCGCCGACAUCAAAGAAAGCUGCAGCAGCGURGARUUUGCUGUACGAAAUUCACUGGAUUUCAGUUUCAUUGCGCGAAAUAUCAAAGCCAAUAUCUGCACCAGCAGAAAACUUAAUGAGAGAGCUAAGAGGUUGCCGGACACUGUGGCCAUUAUAGGACCUGGUGUUAGUGACAUUGCRAUUGCAGUAACCAACUUAGUUGGAUUAUUUCACGUUCCUGUCGUGGACUAUUCGUCAAGCAGUCGACUCUUCAACAARAGAAUUCGUUUUAAGUACUUUUUUAGAACUGUMUCUUCAGACGCAUUGCUUUCUGAGGCAAUUGUCGACUUGAUAGUUGAAUUUGGAUGGAACAUUAUUCAUUUAUUAUACUCAGAUACUGACUAUGGAAGAUCCGCGAUGGAAACRUUUGAAUACGUWCUGGCGCAAACUAACAACAAGAUCUGCAAAGCGUCAAAAGGGAUUUUUAACAUUUAUUCCAGCAAAGAACAUAUAAAAAAAGUCAUUAAUACCAUCAAAAGAGAACCACGAGCCAAAGUAAUAYUUUUCUUUACAACAAUACAAGAUUUUGAGCUWAUUUUGYACAAAUUCAUGCUUGAAAAUAUGAGGGAUUUUAUCUUCAUUGCGGCAGACUACUACAGUGGUUCAAUUCGACAYUUCAAAUGCUCURCYGAAAUGCUUCGGCGAGUGAUCGGCAUAGUUCCGCACGCAGUKGACGAUGCAUCGAUCCACAACAUUUCUCAUAAUUUUGACGUUGRAUUGAAUGAAACAUUCGGGAAGUCAAAGUGGCAAGAGGAAUACGAAGAAAUGCGAAACGUGAAGAACUUGACAGCAAAAUUUGAUCAUUCCCUGUAUGUCCCGUAUGUAGUUGAUGCUGUGUAUGCUAUUGCGCAUGCGUUACAUACAAUGCUUGGCUGCAGUCAAAACAACUGCAAAGUGAAACCUGAACAGUUUCGACAGCUAAACAGAAAUGGUGAAGCAUUCCUCAAAAGCCUCCACGCGGUCAGAUUCAAAGGUUUGACACGUGAUCCAGUGACGUUUGACAAAUACGGCGACAGCACAGGGACUUAUGACGUCAACAUCGUUAAUCCGCUGACCGACAAAUGGAUGAAAUUUGGAAAAUGGACGAAAAACAAUUCUGGUGCAUAUGAACUUGGAAACGCAUCUCGUCGUUUGGACGUCGAUUUGCAAGUUCUUAAGAAUGUUUGGAGCGUUUUGUAUAAUGACACAGGGAUCCCGACGUCUGUUUGCGGAAGUCCUUGUCAUCCGGGAUAUCGYAUGUUAGUAGAGAAAGACCAUCAGGUGUGCUGCUGGAAGUGUGUCCCGUGUACUCGUAACUACAUCUCCCAUGAUCCCGCGAACACAUCUUGCUUACGAUGUCCAUCRCGUCAKUGGCCRAACGACAACCACACAAAAUGUCACCCGAUAGUACCAACSUCAGUCUCAUUCAMGGAACCCCCYGGCAUCGUGGUUGCCAUAGUAGCGCCYCUCGGCUCRCUGACAGUGAUUGCCGUUGCUAUAGUYUURGCAUGGUUUAGUGACACCCAUCUUGUCCGAUCGUCAAGCAGGUUGCUUAGUAACAUUAUGUUGUUUGGGAUAUUUCUAGGAUACGUGACGUCAUUUCUGUUGUUUGUUGAUAAGACGGAGUCCCUGUGUCGRACAGUUUUGUAUUUAUUUAGCAUCAGCUUUAGUACUGUUGUGGGGACACUGCUGACCAAGACGAACCGCAUUCAUCGGAUAUUCAGCAAGAAGGCGAUGCGAAACGGAACYCCGCCYUGUUUAGGCGACUACUGGAUGCUGCUGUUUAUUGCUGUCUUAGUAAGCAUUGAAAUCUUAAUAUGCACAGUUAUCAUCGCAACUACAACUACUGGACAACUGAAUGAAAUACUCUACUCCGACGUGUCAAACGAGGCUUUUCUCCAGUGUAAAUUCAACGCAACAUACGCGGACUACAACAUGGCGUUAUGGUGGACGUACAAUACUGGGAUAGUUUUAGUAUGUACAUAUCAAGCAUACUUAACGCGUAAAGUCCCAGGAAGCUACAACGAGGCUCGUUUUAUCGCUUUUACUAUGAUGACAAUUUCAACCGAUGUAAUUGUGUUCUUUCUGUCAUAUUACGGUACGCGAGGUUAUUACAAGGACGUUCUUGUAAGCAUGUUCUUGAUCAUCGCCGUCACGGUCACCCUGUGUUGCGUAUUCAUUCCCAAAGUUUAUGUAAUUUUACUAAAACCUGAGAAAAACACUGAUCGUCAGCCUGUUAGAAGUAUGGGUUUCAUCGAGGCGUCUGAU